AUGGCCGACGAAGAAUACACCAUUUACGACGAGAUCGAAAUCGAAGACAUGACCUUUGACGAAGCUCUUCAAAUCUAUCACUACCCAUGCCCUUGCGGCGACCGCUUCUCGAUUGGCAUCGACGACCUGCGCGACGAACAAGAUAUUGCCGUGUGCCCGAGCUGCAGCUUGAUGAUCAGAGUCAUUUUCGACCUUGAUGACCUACCCAAGCCUCCUCCUACCGGCAACUCUGGAGGCCAGAUUCCCGUCGCUGCUUAG